AUGGCAAGGUUGAUCUCAGCCGUAGUUCUCAUGCUGCUCCCAGUGGCGGUGAAAGCAGCCACUUGCGCGAACUAUGACGGCACCAAUGAGUCGUACUGCGUGUCGAUGAACGACGGUGGUUGUGCAUGCGUGUGGACAGCCAACACAUCCGCCUGCAGCCAAGGUACUGUGUGCGAUGGAGUGGGGAUCACUAGUGUCGGGGACGAGAACGUGACCAACACGACCACCACCGCAAGCAAUGGCGCCAGUAUGGUCAGUUCGAGCCAGUGGACGGCUCCAGGACUUCGCGCACUGGCCUGC